CUUGUUGAUUUUUUUCCCUAAGUUCUGUGUGAUCAUUUUCGGUCUGCAUCCCAGUCAGGAAACAAUCAUGCAUCACAAGAUACCGAUCGGCCUCAUAUUUUUUCUUGCACCUCUUCUUGUGCGGUGCACACCGGCAUUUAAUCAAGUCAAUCAAUACCACCUGAAUGGCACUCAAUGCCCGCUGCCAACCUACUAUGGUUAUCCUUGCCCUAUUCUCUGUGUAAAUGACAUCUCUCUUUGUCCCGAAUCGCUGCUUCCUUCCUGUCCUUCUGGUCAAACAUACUGUGUUGAUGGCACUUGUCGUUCAACGUGCCCCAGUGAUCUGGUCUCCAAGUGUAGCUGCCCUGACGCUCCCCAACUGUCACCUACAGGCCCUGUGUAUUCGUGUCGCAGUGACUUUGAUUUGCUGGUGAACAUUCCGAAUUAUGUCACUACGAACAAGGCCCGCCAAAGUGAGCAAGUCGCCGAAUCAUGCUCUGCUCUUGUGGGCAUCAACAACAUUCCCAACUGGAACGAAACAGCACAGUCUGUGAUGUGGGGCCAAUGUCCUCCUCCAGAUCUCGGAACGUUGACCUAUACUGAACCGGUCUUUAUUGCAAUUUAUGCGUUCUACGGCAUCUGCUUGUUCACCUUGGUGGCCUGGACUCUGUACAAAAAGGCAAGAGAGAAGGUCAUUGUAGCUGUUGCCAAUCGAACGGCUGAACAACUUCACGAGAAGUAUUCCAUCGAGUCGGGGAACAAUGGCGAAAAGAAACAAGGCAAAUCGUCGGAUACGAAAGAGACCGAUUUCUCUUCUGACAUUUCGUCGUGCGAACCUGAAGAGACCAUGGUGAUCAAAGCUUACAAGCGCGACUGGAUCGGCAUGCUAGCUUUCACUCUGUACCUUCUCGAGACGAUCGGCAUGAUUGCCUACAUGAUUCUAAUGACCUAUGACUAUUACCAAGACUAUCGCUUCUUCAGAGGCUCCCAGCUGGUGCAGUCGAGUACCUUUAUGGGCAUGUGGUACAUUUUCUUCUUUUGGUUUGCUAGUCUCACCAUGUUCCGUCAUCGCUUGUCCAACUUUUUCCGCAUCCAAUGCCGAUAUUCAGAAGGCCAGUACGUGCAAGUCGAGAAACAAGAACAAGAUGUUAUCUUUAUGGAAGAACAAGAAGAUCACAUCAUGCGGAUUGUUCGCUGGAUGGAAGAAACCGCCAAACAUGCAUUUGGUUUGGACGUGAUUGUGACCACGGCUCCUUUGCAGCGUACAGAAAGUGGCACAAAGUACUUUGUCUAUCAAUGCACCCGCUACGUAUACCAUCCCGAAACCCAGUUAUUCCGGCCUCACGAGUUCCACUUGGGCGAGACCAACGCAGAAUUGGUCAAGCUGAGCCAAGGCCUCUCCAAUGAAGAAGCUUACAAGCGGCACGAACUGGUCGGUCCCAACUUCAUUGAAGUUUAUGUGCCCAACUAUCUGAUGGCUGUUCUUCGCGAGUUCACGUCCUUUUUCUACAUCUAUCAAUUCACUGUUCUUUGGCUCUUUUACUAUUUUGCCUACUGGCAAGUAGGUAUUGCUGACACGGCCGUCAUUCUCUUGUCUGCCAUGGUCAAGGUGAUUGUGCGAGUGCGAUCCGAGAAACGCAUCAAGAAGAUGGCCGAAUUCACCGAUCGUAUCAAUAUUUGCCGCGAUGGUGAAUGGCGUGAAAUGAGCACGGCGGAUCUGCUUCCGGGCGAUGUGUUUGAAGUGACCGAAGGCAAGACCACGCCUUGUGAUGCUGUGGUACUGACGGGCAAUAUCGUUGCCGACGAAAGUUCUCUCACCGGUGAACCGUUGCCGAUCCGAAAGUUCCCACUUCGUGCUGACGAUCACGCUCAAUACGAUCGUAUGGGAGCAGGCAAAAUUUCCACCAUUUUCUCUGGUACCACGAUUUCGCAAGCUCAGCCUACUGAAAAAGGGCAACGUGUCACUGCUUUGGUGACUGAAACUGGUACAGCCACAGACAAGGGACAGCUGGUUCGCAAGAUUCUCUUCCCUACGCGUACUUCUUUUGUGUUUGAUGAACAGAUCAAGAUCGUCAUCCUUAUCCUACUUUGCUGUGGUCUUGUGUGCUUGGGUCUGGCCAUUUGGCUUUAUGCCAGCGGCACGUCGGCCUGGUUCUAUGCCAUGUUUGCUAUUGCUCAGCUUGUCUCCCCCUUACUCCCUGCAGCAUUGGUGGUCGGUCAGUCCGUGGCCGCCGGUCGUUUGCGCCAGAAACAGAUCUUCUGUGUGGAUUUACCGCGAAUCUUGAUGGCUGGCAAAGUGCAACUGUUCUGCUUUGAUAAAACCGGUACGCUUACCAAGGAAGGCCUUGAAUUCUAUGGUGUCCAACCUGUGCAGGGACUGGAAACUACAGCAACUCCUGAACAUGUCCAAUUUGAUCGACAUAUGCAGGAUGUGAACGAAAUCCCUCGUUUGAUGCACAUGGCGGUGGCGACCUGUCAUGCUGUGACGACUUUGAAUGAUCAGUUCAUUGGAAACCCCGUGGAUAUCGAAAUGUUCCGUUCGUCCCAGUGGCAUAUGGAAGGAAAAUCCGAAGAAAACGAUGACUAUGUCGACACCUUCACACCCCCCAAGGCUACUCCUGCUUCCGAAUCGCACGCUGUGCAUGUUUUGAAGCGGUUUGAGUUUGUGCACGCACGCAUGUCCAUGUCCGUCGCUGUGCUCGACACCAUGACCAACAAGGUUCACAUCUUUGUCAAGGGCGCCUAUGAGAAAAUCAAGGAUCUCGCUCAACCUUUGUCCAUUCCUGCUGACUAUGAUCAAGUGACCUCGGAUCUCGCACGCCACGGCUGCUAUAUCCUGGCCAUGGCCCAUCGUGAGAUCGACCUGGACGCCAUCGGCGGCUUGAGCAACUUCCGUACCUGGACGCGUGACCAAAUGGAGGAAGAAAUCAACUUUAUCGGUUUGGUCGUUUUCAAAAACCAGCUCAAACCCGAUACGGCCGAAAACAUUGCCGAACUGAAGCGUGGCGCCACCCGAACGAUCAUGAUCACUGGUGAUACCGCCUUGACGGGUGUGUACAUUGGUCGCCAGUGCGGCAUGUCCACCUCUGGCAGCAAAGUACUUUUAGGCGACUAUGAUAAGCAACUGAAUCGCGUAGUAUGGACAGACGUGGACGAACCCGACACUUUCAAGGAUGUAUCGGUGGAUGAUUACCUAAUGAACAAGUUCCAUACACCGGUCGAACUCGCGGUAACCGGCAAAGCGUUCCAUUGGUUAGUGGAUCACGAUCUUAUUCGCAAGUACCUUUUGGAUAUCCGCGUGUUUGCUCGUAUGACGCCUACAGGCAAAGUGCAGUGUGUGCAGUUACAUAUGGAACGUGGCAUUACCGCGAUGACAGGCGAUGGUGGUAACGACUGUGGUGCUCUGCGUGCGGCUCACGUUGGUAUUGCCAUGUCCGAAGCCGAAGCUUCCAUCGUGUCUCCUUUCAGUACCAGUGUCCGCAGUGUCCGAUCGUGUGUUGAACUCAUCCGUCAAGGCCGCGGCGCGCUGGCCACGUCGCUGACCGGAUACAAAUAUUUGAUUUUGUAUGGUCAAGUCAUGAUGAUGUUGAAGAUCUUUACCUUCUACUUUUCCAUUUCCAUGUCGCAGAAUAUCUGGAUUGCUAUUGAUGUAUUUAUUACCGUUUUGCUUACGUGGGCUGUGUCGCAGUCCAAGGCCGCUCCACGUUUGGAGGGACAACGUCCGACCGCCCAGCUGCUCGGUCCGCAAACCCUGUCAUCCUGCAUCGGAUUGGUCGCGAUCAAUUGGGCGUUCCUGUGUGGGGCGUUUGGCUUCUUGUACCAACAAGACUGGUUCCGAUGCAAUGAGUUUGACAGCCGUGCCGUCGAUCUCUCAAAGUGGUGGUUGCUUGCCGAUAACUUUGAAGGCGAAAUCUUGGCCUUCAUCACCUUGUUCCAGUUCAUCAAUAACGCCGCCGUCUUCAAUUUUGGUUACAAGUUCCGUGAGAGCUUCUGGAAGAAUUAUAUCCUCGUAUUCCUCUGGCUGCUGUAUCUGGCUUUCGCUUCCUACUUUGUGCUGGCCGAUCCCAAUUCGUUUGGCUGCUUGUUCCGUUUCAACUGCGGCACGCCCAGUGUCUUGCAACAGUUUGGUUUCCCCGUCCCCAGUGACAGCAUUCCCACUUACAAUACACCGCUUGGCCACAACGUCUUGCCGGUGGAUUUCCGGUGGAAAAUGUGGGGUAUAUGUAUCGGCAAUGUCGUUGCUGGUUUGGCUUAUGAACGACUGAUUGUUCUUGGGCCUAUUCACACUUUCCUGGCCAAACGUUUCCCCGUGAGCCGUCUGAAAUAUUCCGUAUAAUCUCUAUUCUUUGCUUUUUUUUUCGAGUCUUUUAUACUUACAAGUAACUGGCUUAAUUGUAAUAUUUGAUACAUUAGUUUUCCUUUCUCUCUCCAUAUAAUAUAACUAUCCAU